CAUUACCUCUCACACACAACCCAAAAAAAAUACCCUAAAACUAAAACCCCUUUUUUCUCUCGAUCCAACCCACAAACCUAUGCUCACCGCAGAAAAUGGCAUCCAUAACUCCCCGCGAUGACCAGUCCGACUACGACAGCAGCUCCUCCUCCAUCACCGUCCCCGACUCCAGCCGGAGCUGGAUGAGCAACCUCAGCUUCGGCAGCCGCCGGAGCUCCAUCUCCGUCGCUUCCUCCCUCGCCGAACCCAAUUACUCCCACAAAAAGCCCCACAAGUCCAACCAGACCGCCUGGCAGGCCAUCAAGCGCCUGCAGGCCGGCCGAACCGUCGGACUCGACAGCUUCCGCCUCCUCCGCCGGCUGGGCAGCGGCGACCUGGGCAACGUCUACCUCUGCCAGAUCAGAAACCCGGUAGUGGGUCUCCCCCAGUGCUCCUACGCCAUGAAAGUUGUGGACAAAGAAGCUCUGGCUAUCAGGAACAAGCUGCAGAGGGCAGAGAUGGAGAAGGAGAUUCUCGCCAUGCUCGAUCACCCCUUUUUGCCCACUCUCUACGCCGAUUUCGAAGCUUCCCAUUACUCCUGCCUGGUCAUGGAGUACUGCCCCGGCGGCGAUCUGUACGCCGCCCGGCAGCGCCAGCCAGGGAAGCGCUUCCCUGUUUCCUCUGCCAAGUUUUAUGCGGCGGAGACGCUGCUUGCGUUGGAGUAUCUACACAUGAUGGGGAUAGUGUACAGGGAUUUGAAGCCGGAGAACGUACUCGUUAGAGAAGAUGGGCAUAUCAUGUUGUCGGAUUUUGACCUCUGCCUCAAAUGCGACGUCGUCCCGAAGCUGCUCCGGCGGCCUUCGGCCGCCGAUGGUGAUGACGACUGCGACGAUGAGGUAGGUGGUGGGAGAAACGGGAGGGAAGCUUGUUUCACGCCGUCUUGUGCUACGCCGAUUCGCCCCGUUUUGUCCUGUUUUUCGUCGAGGAGGAAACAGAGUUCGGUCAGGACAAUCGUCGAACAGGUGGAGUGCGGUGAGAAAAAACAGAACCAUUAUCACCUCCAUCGCGGAGGGCAGAUGGAAUCGGAAUUGGUGGCGGAGCCGGUGAACGCGCGGUCGAAGUCGUUCGUCGGGACGCACGAGUACCUGGCGCCGGAGGUGAUCUCCGGGCAAGGGCACGGCAGCGCUGUGGACUGGUGGACUCUGGGGGUGUUCUUGUACGAAAUGUUGUAUGGGAGGACGCCGUUCAAGGGGGAGAACAAUGAAAAGACUCUAAUCAAUAUUCUGAAACAGCCGUUGACGUUCCCGAGGUCGGCCGCCGCCGCCGGCGGAAGCGGAAGGGAGACGGAGGAGAUGGCGAGGGUUCAGGACCUGAUAAGCAAGCUGCUGGUGAAGAAUCCGAAAAAGAGGAUCGGGAGCCUGAAAGGGGCGGCGGAGAUCAAGCGGCACGAGUUUUUCCGGGGGGUGAAUUGGGCGCUGAUUCGGUCGGUCCGGCCGCCGGAGGUGCCGAGGGACCGGAAUGUGGCGAGCCGGAUGAUGCCGAAGCUGAUGAGCCGGAAAGAGAGGGAGGCGCCGUACCAGAUUCCGGCGGUACGGCAGCAUCAGCAUUUUGAUUACUUCUAAUUAAUUAAUUAGUUGUUGACUGCUUUUUUAGUUUGGGUGGAGGGAAUUAUGAGGGAGAUGGGGUAAAAAUGUAAUUAAGUUUUUACUAGCUAGGUAAAAUUUAACUGCAAAUUAUAAGUCUCAUAAGGUGAAAAGAGUUGGCUUUUAAUUAUUAGUCUAGUCUUCCAUUUUUUUCUUCCUCUUUUAACUCGUUAAUUUUCGUGUACUAAUGAUUAAUUAUAUGAAAUCAAAUCAUAAAUUUUGUUUUUGUUUA